AUGGAGAAAACACCCCGAACCAUCCUCUUCCUGUUGCUCUUGCUCCUUGGCGAUCUCGGAGUAGCUCAGGACACCACCAGCAAAGCAGACGAGUUCCAUGUCGGAGUGAUCCUCAAUCUGGGCUCGCUGGUGGGAAAAGUGGCACGGACCAGCAUUUCUUUGGCCGUCGAAGAUUUCUACGCGGCCCACCGGAAUUACAGCACAAAGCUUGUUCUCCAUGUCAGGGAUUCCAUGGGCAAUGAUAUCCAGGCUGCAUCAGCAGCGAUUGAGUUACUGGAUAAUUACAAACUGCAAGCCAUCAUUGGUCCCCAGAAAUCAUCAGAAGCUGUACUCAUCUCCAAGAUCGGAAAUAUAACUCGAGUCCCCAUAGUAUCCUUCACAGCAACAAGCCCCUCUCUCACUUCAGAUACUAUGCCAUAUUUUGUGCGUGCAACAUUGAAUGACUCAGCUCAGGUGAGUAGCAUUGCCUCACUUGUAAAAGCCUAUGGAUGGAGAGAAGUGGUGCUAGUAUAUGACAACACCGACUAUGGUAGAGGCAUUCUACCAUAUCUCAUUAGUGCACUUCAAGAGAGUGAUAUCCAUGUCCUGUAUCAGAGUGUUAUCACUUCAUCAGCAACAAGUGAAAUCAUGAUGCAAGAACUCUAUAAGUUGAUGACAAUGCAAACAAGGGUGUUUAUUGUUCAUAUGUCAUCCAGGCUGACUUCCCUUCUUUUUACGAAGGCCAAAGAGGCAGGGAUGAUGGACAAGGGAUUUGCAUGGAUUACUACAAAUGGAGUAGCAAACAUCAUCGACUCACUCAAUCCAAGUGUGAUCGAGGUAAUGAAUGGUGUACUGGGAGUAAGGUAUCAUGUCCCCAAAUCAAGAGAACUUGAUAAUUUCUCCAUAAGGUGGAACAGAAUGUACCAACAGGAUAACCCAGAUGAAUCACCCUUCAAUAAACUAAGCAUUGUUGGACUAUGGGCCUAUGAUACGAUAUGGGCAUUAGCACAGGCAGCAGAAAAGGUUGGGAUAUCCAGUGCCACAAAUAAGCAACCAUGGCCCGUCAAGAACUCCACAUGCUUGGAAUCCAUGGUUAUCUCCACAAAUGGUCCGGAACUCUUAACAGCAAUUGUACAAAAUAAGUUUAGAGGUAUAAGUGGUGACUUUGACCUUACAGAUAGACAGCUUAAAGUUUCUGUGUUCCAAAUAAUAAAUGUGGUUGGGAGAGGUUGGAGAGAAAUCGGGUUUUGGAGUGUAAAAAGUGGACUUUCACGGCAGUUGAAUCAAAAUAGCUUAAAAACAACAGGAUCAGCCUCAAUACUUGAUCUAAAUCCUGUAAUUUGGCCAGGAGAGUCAACUGAAAUACCGAGGGGCUGGGAAAUUCCUAUAAGUGGUAAGAAGCUUAGAGUCGGUGUGCACACCAGCAAUUGCCCAGAGUUUAUAAAGACAUUCAGAGAUCCUGUUACAAAUGUAACAAGUGCGAGUGGCCUUUCAGUUGAUAUAUUUGAGGAGGCAAUAAAGAGGCUACCUUUUGCACUUACUUAUGAGUAUCUGGCAUUUGACACAGCUGAUACAGCAAGUACAGGAAGCUACAACGAUUUUAUUUACCAAGUUUAUCUUCAGAAAUACGACAUAGCGGUUGGAGAUAUUACUGUAAGGUACAAUAGAUCAUUGUAUGUCGACUUCACUGUACCAUACACAGAAUCUGGAGUAGGGAUGAUUGUCCCAGUCAAGGAAAACAUGAUCAAGAACAUGUGGAUUUUCUUGAAACCAUUGAGCACUGGAAUGUGGUUUGGAAGCAUCAUAUUCUUUAUUUACACAGGAGUUGUUGCCUGGCUUCUGGAGUAUCUGAAUGGCAAUCAACAUGUACAUGGUCCCUUUUCACUCAAACAAGUGGGGAUUACAAUAUUCUUCUCCAUUUUCGAAGAGAAGGAGAAGCUGACACGCUUUCUAUCCAGAAUUGUUCUGCUUGUAUGGAUGUUUGUUUUUCUGGUACUUACAUCAAGUUAUACUGCAAGCUUUGCAUCAAUGCUGACUGUGCAGCAGCUUUCACCGACAGUGACUGACGUUCAUGAACUCCAGAGGAAAGGAGAAUAUGUAGGGUUCCACCGCGGUUCCUAUAUAGAGGGUCUACUGGUGGAUAUUGGUUUUGAAAGAUCAAAGAUCAGGCCCUAUGAAACACAAGAAGAUUUCUCUGCUGCUCUUUCUAAAGGAAGCAAAAAUGGUGGCAUUGCUGCGCUUGUACAUGAAGUCCCAUACAUCAAACUGUUUCUCGCGAAGUAUAGCAAAGGUUACGCAAUGGUGGGGCCUAUUUACAAGAGUGCAGGUUUUGCAUUUGCGCUUCCCAAGCAAUCACCACUAAGAGCUGAAAUAUCAAGGGCAAUACUCAACAUAACAGGAGAAGAUAGUAUCAAUGAAAUUGAAAAGAAAUGGAUAUAUCAAAACAGCCAUCAACAUGAGGAUAAAAUUGAUGGUUCAGGCGCUAUCACUUUUGAAAGUUUUGGGGGGUUAUUUCUCCUAACUGGGGUUGUGACAACCUGUUCCCUUGCUGUAGCCAUGCUGAUGAACUGGUACAAAAAAUAUCAACAAAAUGCAUGGAGCAAAGAAGAUGACCAAAAUGAAUGUGGACACGGGAAACAAGGAGAAAAUGGAGAUUCACAGGAAGAACAAGGAGAUCAGAACAGCAAUGAACACGGAAAUUGCAGUGAUAUAGAGAAGCAGACAACAUUGACAGUGUCACUCAGUUCAAACACAGAGUGACCAGCUACCAGAGAGUAAGAACAACAAUAUAAGCUGUCGAUUCACACAUAAUAACAAAGAAACGUCACUGACUCAGGGGAGACAAGAGUCGCAUGUCAUUAAGUGGAUCAAGUCAGUUCCAAGCUCAAAGUACCACAACUAACUGCGGGAAAAGCCUGGCUGAACUUUGGGUGUGUGGAGUUUCCUAUGGAUGCAAAAUCAAGUAAAGUUUCAGUCUGUUUUAUUAUGCUUCACCCUAUUGGGCAUCACCUGUCUCGUUAUAUCAUGUGCUGUUGUACUUUUCCAGGAAAAAUCAGGCUGUACACUCAUUGUAGAGACUAUUUCCUUAAAUAAUUAAAAUUCAAGUUUGCGCAUGGAAA